AUAAAAGUUCAAAAAUAUUCAAGAGUGUUAGGUUUUUAAGUUAUUAGUAAAUUUAUAAUUCAAUCAAAAGUCAAAGUUUUCAAAUGAGUGGUAGAAUGUUGAAAGGAGAUUCGUCAAUAAACUCCAAUGAAAAUGAAAACUCCACUUCUAAUCUUCCUUUGGACGCCCCUCCAACAAUCUUCUCUCCUCCAUCACCACCAUUUCCAUCUCUAAACGAUGAAGCUUCCGAUUACAUCUAUUUAACGGAAGCUUUGGCUCCCUAUAAAAAUUAUUACACUACUGAAUGGGAUGAAAUGUUCGAAAAUGUCAAAUCACCUAUAUGUGAUGAUAUCUCAAAUUAUUUCUUCAACCCUCUCAAGCCAUUGCUACCACUAGAUGUUAUCUAUCCCACAAUUCUUUCACCACUAACAAAAACACAAACCCUUCUUCUUAACCACCAUGACACACCGAUAUUGCUUGAUUCACCUCCCAGUCAAGCUAUUGUCACCCCUCCUCCACCUCAUACUCCAAUCGUUGGUGGUGAGUUUGACGACCAAGUCUUGGUCAUCAACCCUCCUUCAACUUUAUCAUCUACAACAAAUCAUGACGCUGAAAUUGAAAAAUCAACAUCAUUGACACUUGAUGCAUCUCUCAAACCGACUAAAUCUACCCGACCUAAGAAGGUUCAACGCACAUUUAAGACGAGUUCUAAAUCGGAUGCUUUAACAACACCAUUGGAAGAGUCUCAAAACACCAUUGUGAAUCCCUUAGCUUGCACCCAACAAAUGACAGCAACUUCCCAAGAUCAGACAAUGUCCCAAUUUUCAACUCUAAUAACAAAGAAGGAAUUUCUUAAGUCAGCAAUUAUCAAAGUAGAUCACAAUGAGGAUGUUGCGGAGAGAAUAAUAUCAUUUGCUAAAGAAAGAGGAUAUGUUUGCAUCUGUGGAACUGUUGGCAGCUUAUCUCUUGUUGAACUACUACAACAACAAAAAAUCGUAACUUUUGAGGGAAAUUUUAACAUUAUAAAUUUGAAAGGUUCUUUAAUUUAUCCUAAAAAUGGUGACCCUAUGAAGGGUCAACUUUCUAUUACACUUGCUGGAAAUGAUGGUAAGGUUUUUGGAGGAGUUGUGCAUGGACGCUUAAUUGCUCAAUCCACCGUUCAGAUGAGUGGUUUUGUCUCGACUUCAGUUAAAGUCAAUAAAACACAAAACAAGCAGCGAAAGGCCCAACCAUGAACUGAGCCCAACAAUCAUCACUGUGAGGAUCUUUAAUGUUGUUUUAUAAGCCCAAUUUAAAUUAUAUCAUGGAUUUGGUGUCUUACUCUUAAGUUAUGGAAGGACUUUUCUAAUAUGUACUUUUUUUAUUUUUAUCUGUCUAUUUUGUUUGAAGAAAUUUGUUACAAUUUAUGUUGUAUUUUAAA